ACUGCUGGAACAGCCAACCCAGGCACCGCAGGAACCGCUAACCCAGGUACUGCUGGAACCGCCAACCCAGGCACUGCAGGAACAGCCAACCCAGGCACUGCGGGAACUGCAAAUCCAGCUGGAGCUGCGAAUCCGGGAACCGCAGGUACAGCAGGAACCGCAAACCCAGCCGCAGCUGCGAACCCUGGAACUGCAGGAACCGCAAGCCCAGCCGGUAUGGCAUUUCCCCAUUCUUCCGCUCUCAACUCCAUCGAUAUUCAAGCUAACAUCCCCUCAGGAGCCGUAAGCCCAGGGGCGGCAGGUACAGCAGGUACAGCAGGAAGCGUAACCCCUGCUGGUAUGGCCACUCUCCAUCUUUUCGUUCUCAGAACUAGUAAUGUCCAACUAACACUUUCAAAGGAGCCACGAGCCCGGGAACUGCCGGCACACUGGUAUGGCUGCUCCCCAUCUUACUCUCAAGGCUCUUGGCGGUCUAGCUUACGUUCAUCAGGAGCUGCGAACCCAGGAACGGCAGGUACCGCUGGCGGCGCAAACCCUGCUGGGGCUGCAAACGCAGGAACCGCCGGUACCGCCGGCACUGCUGGAACUACCAACACUGGAGCGGGCCAGAACGCUGAGGGCAGCACUUGCUUCGAUAUUACACUGGGAUGGGAAACCUUGGUCGGAUUCAGCGUAUAUAGAUUAUUAAAUGGGUUUGGAUGGGAUUUGGGAUUACGGUGGGCUCAAGGUGAAUACAUGAUCUCUAGAAACCGAUUCGUUGUUCUCAAGAUAUUCCCCAGCCUCUCAAACUCUAGAUACCUUCCCAUCUUAUCUUACCUAAAGCUGUUUUCCAACCUGAAUUGUUUUACCCCAGUUCAUCUUACGUUAUGUCGCUGUAUAUAUGAGCAACUAUUAGCUACCAUUAAGGAGUUAUUAUGUACCUAUCCAGCUAAUUGGCAGGCUCACUGCCACGGUUAUGUUACAGCUAUCCAACCCCUGAGCUCCUCGGCCUCCGUACCUCUGCCUCCGACCCUAAAGUUUACUCCCAGGGAGCGCAGUAUCUUGACAUCCGGCCGUUAUAGCCACUGGCAAAUAUUACACCGAAAGAGCUUGUCGUCGAUUGUUCAACAGAUCAACAACCUAGCCGUGUUUGAACUGACAGCGGAUCAUAUGUUGGACACUAAUAAUCGAUACUCUCAGCCCAGCUCCGAUCAACAAAUAAAGCCAGGAGUUGAUGAGUUGUUGUUUUCAAUCAUGAGAGACGGCCGAGAACUGCAACGACUAAAAAAAAGUAGCGCAAUCACACAAGUUCAAGCUGUUGUUGAAGCACCAAGUCAUCUAACCCUCCUUAUUCGCCUCUUAUUAAGCUUUUCUAUCUCACUUCCCCUAUCUGCAACUUCGCUGCGCAAAGACUAA